CUUAUUUACUGAAGUCAAAAUGGCUGCCCUUCGGUUUUUCACACGUUCCAAACUUUCAACAAUUAUUCCUCACUCUUUUGGCGAGCAUAAUUCAUUGAGUAGAAUUUUACCUACUAAUACUCAGAAAAGAUGUGGAAGUUUUAGAACUUCACCACAGUAUAUAGAUUCUACUAAAUUUACGGAUUAUAAAAUAACAAAAGAUCCACAAGAAUGGGAAUAUAUACAACGUUUACUUAAACCAAAAACUAUACCUGUCCCUUGCUUAGAAAAUAAAGAUUAUCCAUCUGGGUGGAAACCACCUGUUGCUAAACCACAAGUUCAUCCAUACUAUAUACAGCGUACAAAAAAUUAUAUGCAACCAGUAUAUCUUGAAAUUUUUCAUCGUGGAUUGCGAAAAAUAACUACUGUGCGAAAAAUUUAUGGAGAUAUUUGGGCACUUGAAUCUGCAUUAAAAGAAUAUAUAGAGAAAAGAGUCCAGAAGCCAAUUGGUGUUCGUACUAAUGAACUCAUAGGUGAGAUUCAAUUUAGAGGAGAUUAUGUGAAUCUUAUCAAAAUGUGGAUGGAUGAAAAAGGAUUUUAAAUAUUGUAGUAAUUUACAUGCAGACA